AUGAUAUCCCGAGCGGCGGCUCCCUCGUCCUCCUCCCUCUCCCAACUCACCACCCGCUCACUCCGCGCCCAUGGGGCGGCCGCCCGCUCCUUCGCAACCGUGCAGGAGGCACCCCCAGUCAAGCACCAUGGCGGCCUCCAAGACCAGGAUCGGAUCUUCACCAACCUUUACGGACACCAUGGCGCAGACCUGAAGUCGUCAAUGAAGUAUGGUGAUUGGCAUCGCACCAAGGAUAUCGUGCUCAAGGGUCACGACUGGCUCAUCUCCGAGAUAAAGGCCUCUGGCCUGCGUGGUCGUGGUGGUGCCGGUUUCCCCUCGGGUCUGAAAUACUCGUUCAUGAACUUCAAGGACUGGGACAAGGACCCUCGCCCCCGCUAUCUCGUCAUCAACGCCGACGAGGGUGAGCCCGGUACCUGCAAGGAUCGUGAGAUUAUGCGCAAGGAUCCCCAGAAGCUGAUUGAGGGUUGCUUGGUUGUUGGCCGUGCUAUGAACGCCAACGCGGCUUACAUUUACAUUCGUGGCGAGUUCUAUCACGAGGCGGCUGUCCUGCAAAAGGCUAUCAACGAGGCCUACGCCGCCGGCUACAUCGGCAAGAACGCCUGCGGCACCGGUUACGAUUUCGACGUUUACAUCCACCGCGGAAUGGGCGCCUAUGUUUGUGGUGAGGAGACCUCCCUCAUUGAGUCCAUCGAGGGCAAGGCCGGCAAGCCCCGCCUCAAGCCUCCUUUCCCCGCUGCCGUCGGUCUGUUCGGUUGCCCCAGUACCGUCACCAACGUCGAGACCGUGGCUGUCGUUCCCACUAUUAUCCGCCGCGGACCUAGCUGGUUCUCUUCUUUCGGUCGUGAGCGUAACGCCGGUACCAAGCUGUUCUGUAUUUCCGGUCACGUCAACAACCCCGUCACUGUCGAGGAGGAGAUGUCCAUCUCGCUGCGCGAGCUGAUCGAAAAGCACUGUGGAGGUGUCCGUGGUGGCUGGGACAACCUGUAUGCCGUCAUUCCUGGCGGUUCAUCGACCCCCGUUAUUCCCAAGUCCGUCGCCGACAACCAGCUUAUGGACUUCGACGCCCUCAAGGACUCCCAGAGUGGUCUGGGUACCGCUGCCGUCAUCGUCAUGGACAAGUCCACUGACAUUGUCCGCGCCAUCUCCCGCCUCUCGGCCUUCUAUCGCCACGAGUCUUGCGGUCAGUGCACUCCUUGCCGUGAGGGCAGCAAGUGGACUCAGCAGAUUAUGUCCCGUAUGGAGACCGGUAACGCCCGCGAGCGUGAGAUCGACAUGCUCCAGGAGCUCACCAAGCAAGUCGAGGGUCACACUAUUUGCGCUCUUGGUGAGGCCUUCGCCUGGCCCAUUCAAGGUCUUAUCCGUCAUUUCCGCCCCGAGCUUGAGGCUCGCAUCCGCGAGCACCAGAAGCAGCUCGGCAGUGCCCCCUUCGCUGGUGGCUGGCACCCCGAGAGCCGUGCCGAGGGCAAGCUGAUCUCCCCCGGCAUGUAA